AUAACAAUGAGUUAAUGUCCAAUAGAGCAACAUGAUUAAUAAAAGAUCAAAUAUAUAUGUAUUGAUCCAAAAUGUUCUUAGGAUUAAAAAUUAGGUAUAUUUUUAUGAUUUCAUAUUUAUAAGGUUGUGCUGAUUGUUUUUUAGAAAAUCAUAUUUCAUUAUCCCCAUAAAACCAUAGUCAUAUGAGAGUACAGAUAUCAAAAUUUGAAGAAGAUUUAAAUAAAAAAAUAUUGAACGUAAAAAACCUCCAAAUAGAACCAAUUACGAACGAUUCUAGUUAAUUUGAUGAAGACUUUAAUGUAUGUUUAAAUUAAGUAGCAUCUAAACUCAAUGAUUUUAAAGAUGGAUUAAAGGAAGAAAUGAACAAUGAUAAAUUGAAUUUUGAUAAUCAUGUUAUAGAGUUCAAAAAUACAAUCCAAAAUUAAAUUGAUCCUAUUCUUCCAUGUCAAACCUCUUCUGUAUUGAGUUGUUCUCCAGAAGAAUUAUCAAAAGCAAUUAGUUUUUAUUAAGAUUCUGAUUAAUUAUCUUCAAUUCUCUAAAAAUAGAUUGAUUCAAUUGAAAGCCAUCGAGAAAAAGUUUAAUAAAACAAAUAAAAAAUAACAAAUAAAUUAUAGAAUGUAGUUGAUUAAAUGUUAAGAUAAUUAGAGGAAAAUUAGAUUAAAAAGUCUAAUACAGAAAUUUAAGGAACUCCAGAAAAGGCAAGUGCAUCUUAAGCAGCUAUUUUCUUAAGUGCAAGUAGUACUACUUAAUCCCCACCAAUAAAAACAAUUAUUGAUGCUGCUAGAUCACGAAAAUCAAUAUUAUCACAAACAUAAUAAUAAUAAUAAUAAAUGCAAUAAAAAAAAGGAAUAAGAAAUAAAAAUUGA